AUGUCUUUAUCACGCGAGACCUCACCCAUAGUGCCUGUCUCCGGCAGCCGAAACAUCCUCAUCACCAGCGCUUUGCCGUACGUGAACGACAUGCCACACCUGGGCAACAUCAUCGGCUCCGUGCUCUCCGCCGACGUCUUCGCCCGCUAUUGUCGAGCGCGCGGUCUCAACACCCUGUAUAUCGGCGGCACAGAUGAAUACGGCACAGCUACGGAGAUCAGGGCAGGCAAAGACGGCUGCACCCCCAAGGAGCUUUGCGACCGAUUCCACAAGAUUCACGCAGAUAUUUACCAGUGGUUCAACAUCAGCUUCGACAAGUUCGGGCGCACCACGACUCAGAACCAGACGGACAUUGCGCAGCAGAUCUUUCUCAAGGUGCAUGAGAAUGGGUUCUUGCACGAGCGCGUGACGAGCAGGCUCUACUGUGAAACACAUGAGAGGUUUCUAGCAGAUCGCUACGUGAUCGGCGACUGCCCCCAUUGUGGCAAAGAGGCCAAAGGUGAUGAAUGCGACACAUGCGGCUCAUUCGACGAUGCCAUCGACCUCAAGAACCCUCGGUGCAACUUGGACGCAUGUGGGUCCACGCCUAUUACACGGGACACGAAGCACUUAUUCUUCAGACUGGACAGGUUGCAGUCACAGGUCGAAGCCUUCUCCAACGAAUCAGCGGAGAAGGGCAAAUGGCCAAACAACGGAAAGGGACAAACCGUGGGCUGGUUGAAACAAGGCCUCAAGGAACGCAGCAUCACACGGGACAUCAAAUUCGGCACGCCAGUCCCUCCUAGCCUGUCGAGCUACGAAGACAAGGUCAUUUACAACUGGUUCGAUGCCCCCAUUGGGUAUUUGUCCAUCACAGCUGAGUAUACAGAAAAGUGGCGGGACUGGUGGCAGCCAGAAAAUCCAGAAGACGUCCAGCUCUACCAAUUCAUCGGGAAGGACAACGUUUUCUUCCACUCCAUCUUCUUCCCCGCUACUCAGAUCGCUACCGGGGAGAACUGGACUAAGGUCCACCAUCUAUCUACAACAGACUACCUACAAUACGAGGGGACCAAAUUCUCAAAGUCGAAGGGCAUCGGUGUGUUUGGCGACCAGGCCAAGAACAGUGGAAUAAAAGCCGACGUAUGGCGGUUCUACCUACUCUAUUACAGGCCAGAGGACAGAGACACGGACUUCACAUGGGACGCCUUCAUCGCCGCGAACAACAACCUCCUACUCAAGAAAUUGGGCAACUUCGUCAACCGCGUCAUUAAGUUUGUCAACAAUCCCAGGUACUACGACGGCGUGGUUCCAGACAGCACACAAUUCCAGGAAUACGGCGGCUCUUUGCUCAAAUGGGAGGAAAGAAUAAACAGCCUGCUCGGCUCCUACGUCUCCCACCUUGACGCCGUCGAGCUGCGCUCGGGGCUGGCCACCAUCCUUGAGAUCUGUGACGCUGGGAACGAGCUAGCUCACGAGGCCCACGGGCUCUUUCUUGAGGAGGAGGCAACAUGCGCGGCUAUUAUAUGCGGCUGCCUCAACCUGAUCUACCUCCUCGCUGUCCUUUUGCAGCCGUUCCUCCCAGAUACAGCCGAGUCAAUAACCAGGCAGUUACGCGUGGAGCCUGUACUUGAUAUCCCGGACGUCUUUGACUGUGGUUACAUUGCACCUGGUCACAAGCUUGGCGAAGCAGAACCUUUAUUUACCAAGGUCGAUCCGAAACAGGCGGAGGAGUGGAAGGCACAGUGCGGUGACGAGGCCAUGGGAUCGAAGGAGGCAACAUGCAAGAAGAAGGAGAUAAAAAAGACAAAGAAUGGAAAGACAGAGAUUUCGGGUUCGCCAAAUGGCACAGAGUGGAGGAAGGGGAAGGAGUCACGAGAAGAGCAGCAAGCCGAGGCGAAAUCUGCGGCUGCAGCGCCCGGUGCGAACACCGCGGUCGAGAACGAAAUUGCGCGCGCUCUUAAUCGAUUGUCCUUUGAAUGA